AAAUGCCCCAUUCCCAGACAGCUCGCUCCUUAUUUUCUCUCGUCUCAUAAUCCAUUUCAUCGACCUCUGUUCUCUCAACUAUUGACUUGGCCCACCUUCCGCGGGCAGCACACUGACACAACCAUGAAGAUAAAGAUUGCCAUGGCUCUGGGGACCCUUCUCGCCAGCUCUCUUAUCGCGGUUUCGGCAACCCAGCAGCGCAUCAACGACGCCCAUCCAUCACAGUUGACACUGCGCAGCAAGAAGAAGAACUUGGAUAACCUGAAGCAAACCAUUCAGCUCAGCCCUGACCAUACCUUCUUUGAUAUGACCCAGUCCUCAGAUGAUGAGCUCGCCGCGACAGCGGUCACGCCCUUUUGCAAAUCCUUCACAUUCCUCUGCCAUGUCCGAUGUCUUCAGCGGGGUGAUGCCAAAGACCCGGGCAAUAUCAACAAUUCCUUGUCAUCAGAGGAACGCGCACGUUCCAAAUACAAUGGCAAAGGCGAAAUCAAUCGUUGUAUUCAUGUGCCUAAUUCGGAUUCCAUUCGCGUCCUUUGCCUGUGCAACAAUGGCGUGGAUCUGACAGCCGAAGUGGAUUACGCGCUCGAGGGGGUAGUAGAUAUUAAGGCUGCUGGGGGUGGUGGAUCAGGGAUUGGAGAGGCAGGACUAAUCCGCCCAGUGGUAUACAUCCAGACGACGACAACCGUAUAUAAGACCGUCACGAAGACGGCUACCGUGACAGAAAAGGUGUUACAGACACCAACAGCGCCAUUGAGGGGCUAAUAUGGCUACGACGAGGAUGACUAUGAUGAUGAGGAUAUGGAGGGUCCUGAUGGGAGGAAAUCGAAAAAUCUCUGGAUAAAGCACAACAAACGUUCAUCACAAAAGAGGAAAGAGAAGGACAAUGGUGAUAGCAACGAAGACGACGGCAACUAACACGGUCGCCACAGGAUCGAGCAUGCUUCAACGUAUCCGCCCUUUGAUGGCGACGCUGCGCCCGCUCUAAAGUACAAACACGGCCACCGCCAUCACCAACAUCACUUAUAUUUGGGCCUUCAUACACAAGGGCAGCGUAAAGAGCGUGUCUGAUUCAACAACUCUUGCGAAAUAUGACCCGAUUCUUUGAAUAUAAACGCG